AUGGCUCUGGUAGAUUCAAAGUACCAGUUCCUGUGGAUCGAUUGCUUCCUUGGCCAGAUGAGACAGGAACCAGACACAGUCCGCCUGCUCAUUGAAGCUGCCGUCAUGCUGCACAACCUCAUCAGGAAGCACUAUCAGGCAUGGGACAUCCGCAUGUUGGACCAGGAGGAUGCCCAGCACAACCUCAUCCCUAGAGCUUGGAGAACUGCCGCCAUCACUGUUCGAGGAGGUUGGGGAUUCGGCCUUGCUCUCUGUGUCACACACCUAUCUCUCGAUGUUCUUCUAUGUACGGCUUCCAUUCUCCACCUCUGCGCCAUCGCAGUCAACCGUUACCUUGCCGUUACCUUCCCGUUGAUGUACUCCCGUGAGCGCGUCAACUCCCAGAAGCGAAUCUUGGGCACCAUCAUCCCCGUCUGGGUGGUAUCCAUAGCAAUCUGUGCACCUCUAUUCAUCCAGGGAUUCAUCAACCCUGAGAAGACAUUAAGCGAGGAUGGCCAGGCUUGCGGUUUCUUCGAUAAGACAUUCAUCAUCUAUUCCUCGAUGGGUUCCUUCUAUGUGCCUUUGGCGGUGAUGAUCGUUGUGGACGUUCGCGCUGUGCGCAAAUUACGCAGACGCAAAGGUUUAGCGGCACAACGUUCUGUGGGACAGACGCCGCCACCACAGCCGUCACCGACGCGCGAGUGUGUCUCACGAUCACGAUCUUCCACUCCACCACCACCGCCAUCACCGGACAAGACGUACCUUACGGUGCAGGGUAAUGGAGCGCCCCCUUCGCCGGGGAACGACUAUCGCAGACGUCCGCUUCGAAUCAGCUUCCAUAUGAAUCGUAAGUCAGGACAAAAACUUGGGUACGGAAGCACCGUGGUGGAAGCCGUUCCGGAUACGCGGCAGAAAAUGCUAUCGAACAAACGUGAAAAGAGGGCGGCCAAGACUCUUGUGGUAGUCUUCGCGUGUUUUAUAAUUCUCUGGCUGCCUUUCUUUGUCAUGCAUCUCGCCAAUGGUUUCUGCACAACUUGCCAGAUACCUGACGAACUCUUCAUCGCCUUUACGUGGCUGGGUUACGUGUCCUCGGCGUUUAACCCUUGUAUAUACACGUGCUUUAACAAAGAAUAUAGGAGAGCAUUCAUCAGAAUAAUAUGUUGUAGCAAGAAGCGUCGCCAUUCUUUCCGCAACAACGAAACGCCAACGUUCCGAUCAAGCCUAAGACAUUCAUGAAAUAUCGUUUAAAAAUUACGUUCAUUUAAGAUUGUUGUCCUAUUUAGCGUCAAAAAGUCUUUCAGCCUCUAGAAUUGUCCGGGAUGUCAAAUGUAAUUAAAAGUUUAAAAAUUGACCCUGAAACGCUUAAACGUUUGAAAAGCGUAUUUUAAGCCAGAAACUGUUAAGGCUUGGCCAUUUUGCCGGGGCCCUUCAUUUAACAAAAAUUGUCCAUUUUAUAUGUGUCAGUUUUAGUAUCCCCCAUAUGCAGUUUAUAAUCCAUGAAACAUUCUCCUUAAAAUAAAGUCAUUGUGUUUUACCAAUCUCUUUAGAAAUCUAUGCCGAGUUCUAAUAUGUAAGCUAUUUUCGAUCGUCCAUGUCAUCUUUCGCCUCAGGGUGCUGUUAACGCCCAUUCAUGUUGCUAUGUUAGGUUCAUAUAUUAGGCUAAGAAUAUGCUACAGAUGGCGAUACCAAUGAAAUUCACGGUCACAAAUUUUGUAGCUGAAAUGAAAUGUAAACAUGGUAUAUCUCAGUUAAACUGCAACUUAAACAGUAAAAAGCCGAAACAUGGCUUUGAUUGUAUUGUGAUUGUACUCAGGUUGCCUGAAAUCAAUGAUUAAUUUUGAGUUGUAACCAUGUAAACGAAUUCCUCACCUAUACCAAAGACUUAAGACUGGCAUUUACGUUUUCAAACUUUUUCAAUUUAAACAAUUUUAGUUUUUAAAAAAAUAUAAUGUUUUGGGACGUUUUUUACCAAUAUCAUGUGGAUAUGAGAUUUUACGAAGUAAUUAGAAAAUACUCCAUAAUUUGAGAAAUUGCAAAUUUAGACUCAAAAUGUUACCAUUGUCUGGAUAAGAUUUGUCUUGGCCCACCCUACAAUAUUGACUAAACAUCAAAUAUUCCCUAGCGAAAACGGAAGUAAAUACUCCGAACAGACGAACUGAUGGCAGCGACCGGACUUGCCGAGUGAUGAAAAUGUUACACCUUACAGCCUAACGGUAUAUGACUUAAGAUGCGGUUUUGCUCAGACGUACAAACAUUCAAUUGGGAGACUGAUUUAAGAGACUGGCAUUCUGUUGUUAUCGCGCGACUUAGAUUAUAAUGAACAUUUCAUUCGUAAAUUUAAUUACAGGAUGAAAUGACCGUACAAUACAAUCUGACUCUGAUAUUUCAUGUUGUCAAUGCAGUAUUAUCAAAUUACCGAAAUAUAAAUGUAUUACAAAUUUGAAAUACAGGAUUAAAGCUUGGCAAGAGAUUCUAUUUUUAAACGGCUUCAGGACAUUAAUAUAGACAUCGUGAUCAUGGCGCUCGAGCGCCUCUACUAUGUUGACCGAACGGACUGAUCACAUGGAUGGACUUUAAGCUUUCAUGUU